AAUUUCGUUUGUUAGUUGUGUUGAUGAAAUAUGUGACAAUUAUUGUAAUGAAUUGACCUGUAUUGCAUAUUGCCGGCUUGCAGUUAUACUGUUAUUUCACGUUCUGGAAAGUACUAGUAGCAUACUAGCAAGAGUGCAUUAUUAUUAAAUUUUGAAUAGGGCAGUCCCACAGAGUAUAAGUAUUAUCGCUGCAGUAAUGUUGAGUGCAGCUCGCAGAUUGAAUCAAUCUCAGCGAUUUCUGUUACGGCCCUCGGUCAAUGGCACGUCAUUGUCCAUAGCAUGGCGGUCGACGCUGAGGAAGGGUCCGAAGCCCCCUCAAAGGAAAUUUGAGUUUACUGAAGUCGACCGACGUUUAGUUCGUGAUCGGAAAAAUACAAUCAAGGGUUUGGGCCAGGUAGCAUGCACCGGAUGUGGAGCCCCUCUGCAAAGUGAAGACUUCAGAAAGAUGGGGUAUAUGUCAGCCAUACGCAUUGAACAGUGUGCAAAGUUCGAGUCGACUCCUAAGACCCCGUUCCCACCAUAUGUAUGCCUGCGCUGCCACACACUGAGGCACUCUGCGGAUGGGGUGCAUGUGGAAAUGAAGGAAAAAGAAUAUCGGAUGGUGAUGUCUAAGCGCAUUACAGAGCAUAACUGUCUGAUUCUAUGGUUGGUGGACAUUACUGAUUUUCCAUCGUCCCUCUUCAAGGGAAUUGCAGAUAUCAUUGGGCCCAAUAACCCAAUCAUCCUUGUUGCGACAAAGGUUGACCUUCUCGGCGAUCUGAACAAGGGCUUAGUAUCUGAAACAGUGCGUGAGUGUAUGCUCGAAGGAUGGCGAGAAUCCGGUCUGGCUGACAAAUGCCAGCUGGUAGCGUUGCACAUGAUCUCUGCUUCGACUGGUUUUGGCGUUGGCAACCUCUUGAAGGACGUAAGCUCACAUUGGAAGAACCGAGGUGAUGUUUUUGUAGUUGGUUCAGCUAAUGCUGGGAAGUCGACAUUGUUCAAUCGUAUUAUGCCACUGAUGUGUGGCAUGUCAGCUAGUCACAGGGGCGGUGCUACGGUUGCCAAAUGGCCAGGCACGACACUGAGGAUGAUUCGAUUCCCGAUGAUUGCCUUCUCCGAACAGAUGCGCCUAAAGGAGCAAGCCAGAGCCGAGGUGUUGCGACGCUUGCAGCAAGGAGAGGAAGAACGAAAGCAGAAGCAGCCGGCACUGCAAGUCCUGCAGAAUUCACAGCCUCUUUUCAGUGAUGGAUUUAGUCACCUCGACAAGUGGAAGCAUGGCCUGGCGCCGGAUGUGUCAGGAGUCUGCAGCUACACUAGCCGAGAUGUUGAGGACAUCUUCAACCCCCAGCCUGGAAUGAAGGCUGUGUACGAGACACACGGUGAGCUGCUUCGGGUGAAAAAGAUCAAUACACGUGAGAGAGAGGACUUUGACAGCCUCGACGAGGACGUGGAGAAGAAAUACGGCGCGUUGUUGAACGAUCGAGUUGUGCUUAGUGGUUCUGACCCUACAGCUGUUGAGAAUGUCUCUGUGUCCACCAAGUUCUCUCAAUUGGAAAAGAUGUCAGCUGAAGGAGAGAUUGAGACGAGCCCUGUUGAUCCCGAUGAGAGGAUGGACUUAAUUGGCAUUGAUUACGAAGAUGACGCGUCUAAAAAGUACCUGUAUGACACACCAGGCUUAGUCCAUAAAGAUCAGACAAGCAACUAUCUGGAUCCUGAGGAGAUUCACCGUGUUGUCUCCAGUAAGCCACUCAAGCCCCUCAUCUUGUUUCUCAGACCAGGCCAGACUAUUUUCAUUGGUGGAUUGGGUCGCUUGGACUUUCUUCAGGGUGACUGCAUGGCGUACUUCACGGUGUUUGCCUCCAAUCUAAUGCCAGUGAACCUGUGCGAAAUGUGGGAGGCAGAUGGAACCUAUGAGCGGAUGAAAGGUUCCAAGGCAAUGGCGGUACCCCUCGGUGGUCCAGACCGGUUCCGAAAGUUUCCCAACAUGCAGGGCAAGGAGAUCGUCGUGAACGGCUUGGGCAUGGGCCGUGCAUCGCGUGACGUUGUCCUCUCCAGUGCCGGCUGGGUAUCUGUUACUGUGCCCCAGCCGAGACCCGUCUUGCUGCGGGCGCACACACCUGCUGGAAACGGUAUCAGUACUCGUAGCCCCCUGUCACCAUAUACAGUGCAGCUGCGCGGCGAGCGCAGUACAACCUGCCAGUACGCCUUCAAGGGCACGCCGGGCGUCACCAGACCGUACCGGGGACGCCUUUCGUUCGAGCAGAAGUGGAAACAGCACAACAUUGACGAAUAUGGAAAUAGAAGUAGAAAGUCACUUCCAUCGUAGCAAGUGACCACCAGUGGCCGGGUCGCUUGCAGCUUGUCCACCUAGAAGAAACAGUGGAUUUCCUGGAGGUACUUUUGAACUACAGCAAGUACUGCUGCGCUUUGGCAAGUGACUUGCUUACUCUCUGUUGCUGUGAAUACGGAAGGGUGUGUACUCUGUCACAGCGUGUUGACUUUUUUUUUCUUUUUUUCGGUCAGAUAAAGCUGGUUCUUUCUGAUCCAUACGAACAUAUUGCAUUGUUUCUGACAUUAAUUUUGUAAGGUCUAGAGUUGAGCCCUGCAGCCAUGUACACCAUUAUUCCACUUGCAUGUAAAGUAAUUGCAACCAACUCUACUACCAAACACA